AAAAAGGAAUAAAAGGCCUCCCAAAUCCCCCCUCCCCAUCGAGUUCUCCUCCCUCCUCCGGAGCUGAGUCUGAGGGAGAUCGAGGGAACCGUGGGGAAUUUGUGGUGGAUAAACCCUUGUGAGGGAGCUGGGAGUGAUUUUGAGGGGAUUCCGGGCGGUUUUGGAGCGGAUUUGGGGCUUUUUUGUGACGCUAAACAAUCUUGGAGGACCCAAAACCACAGAGACGACGAAGAGCGGCCGCUGGAGGGGGCGGUGCCACCACUGAGUUCCGCCCAGAGCGGCUCCUGCCGGGCGCUUCCGUUCACGUGAUCGGAACCCCGCUCUGGCAUUGGUGAAGAGAACCGGAAAAGGGCCGAGAGGAGGCGGAAGCGGCGAGGGCGGCAUGGCGGGGUUCGGGGUGGCAAACGAGCGGCUGCGGGCGCUGGAGGAGCUGGAGCGCGAAAUCGGCGCCUCCCUGCACAGCGCAGGCUCGGUGAUCCUGGAGCUGUCCAAGGAGAAGCCCCAGGAGCGACACCUGGACCGUCAGGCCGCCCAGUUCGGCGCCGCCGUGGCCAAGGUGGAGGCGGAGCUCUCGGCCCAGAUCCGCUACCUGACACAGGUGGCCACGGGGCAGCCCCACGAGGGCUCGAGCUACGCGGCGCGCAAGAGCUGCCAGCUGGCCCUGAACCGCCUGGACUACGCCCGGCGGCGCCUGGCCGAGCUGGCCCGCGCCUGCGAGCUCAUGCUGGAGCAGUGACACACCUGGGCACACCUGGGCACACCUGGGCACACCUGGAGAGAUGGCCGGGACAGCGUGGGACACACCUGGAACAGCCCUUGGACAGCAAAAUGGGGAAAAAUUGGGAUUUUUUGGGGGUGGGACCCCUUGGGGACAGCGCUGAGAGACUCUGGGCACACCUGGGCACGGCGUGGGACACACCUGGGCACAACCUGGAGCAGCCUCGAGACACCAAAAUUGGAUUUUCUUGGGGUUUUAAUGAGGUGUGACACCUUGGAGACAUCACUGAGAGACUGUGGGCACACCUGGGCACACCUGGGCACACCUGGGCACACCUGGAGAGACGGCCGGGACGGCGUGGGGCACACCUGGAACAGCCCUGGGACAGCAAAAUGGGGAAAAAUUGGGGUUUUUUGGGGGUGGGACCCCUUGGGGACAGCACUGAGAGACUCUGGGCACACCUGGGCACACCUGGGCACACCUGGAGAGACGGCCAGGACAGCGUGGGACACACCUGGAACAGCCCUGGGACAGCAAAAUGGGGAAAAAUUGGGAUUUUUGGGGGGUGGGACCCCUUGGGGACAGCGCUGAGAGACUCUGGGCACACCUGGGCACACCUGAGCACACCUGGGCACACCUGGGCGCGGUGUGGGACACACCUGGAGCAGCCUCGGGACACCAAAAUUGGAUUUUCUUGGGGUUUUAAUGAGGUGUGACACCUUGGAGACAUCACUGAGAGACUGUGGGCACACCUGGGCACACCUGGGCACACCUGGGCACACCUGGAGAGAUGGCUGGGACGGCGUGGGACACACCUGGAACAGCAAAAUGGGGGAAAAUUGGGGUUAUUUGGGGUGGGACCCCUUGGGGACAGCGCUGAGAGACUCUGGGCACACCUGAGCACACCUGGGCACACCUGGGCACACCUGGAGAGAUCGCCGGGACAGCGUGGGACACACCUGGAGCAGCCUCGGGACAGAAAAAUGGGGGAAAUUGGGAUUUUAAUGGGGUGGGACGGCACUGAGAGACUGUGGGCACACCUGGGCACACCUGGGCACACCUGGGCACGGCGUGGGCACGGCGUGGGACACACCUGGAGCAGCCUCAGGACACCAAAAUGGGGAAAAAUUGGGGGUUUUUUGGGGUGGGACCCCUUGGGGACAGCGCUGAGAGACUGUGGGCACACCUGGGCACACCUGGGCACACCUGGAGAGAUCGCCGGGACGGCGUGGGACACACCUGGAGCAGCCUCGGGACAGAAAAAUGGGGGAAAUUGGGAUUUUAAUGGGGUGGGACGGCACUGAGAGACUGUGGGCACACCUGGGCACACCUGGGCACACCUGGGCACGGCGUGGGACACACCUGGAGCAGCCUCGGGACACCAAAAUGGGGAAAAAUUGGGGUUUUUUUGGGGUUGGACACCUUGGGGACAGCGCUGAGAGACUCUGGGCACACCUGAGCACACCUGGGCACACCUGGGCACACCUGGGCGCGGCGUGGGACACACCUGGAGCAGCCUCGGGACACCAAAAUUGGAUUUUCUUGGGGUUUUAAUGAGAUGUGACACCUUGGAGACAUCACUGAGAGACUUUGGGCACACCUGGACACACCUGGGCACACCUGGAGAGAUCACCAGGACAGCGUGGGACUCACCUGGAGCAGCCUCGGGACAGAAAAAUGGGGGAAAUUGGGAUUUUAAUGGGGUGGGACGGCACUGAGAGACUGUGGGCACACCUGGGCACACCUGGGCACACCUGGGCACGGCGUGGGACACACCUGGAGCAGCCUCAGGACACCAAAAUUGGAUUUUAUUGGGGUUUUAAUGAGGUGUGACACCUUGGAGACAUCACUGAGAGACUCUGGGCACACCUGGGCACACCUGGGCACACCUGGAGAGACGGCCGGGACAGCGUGGGACACACCUGGAGCAGCCCUGGGACAGCAAAAUGGGGAAAAUUGGGAUUUUAGUGGAGUUUUUUUGGGGUGGGACCCUUUGGGGACAGCGCUGAGAGACUCUGGGCACACCUGGGCACACCUGAGCACACCUGGGCACGGCGUGGGACACACCUGGAGUAGCCUCGGGACACCAAAAUGGGGAAAAAUUGGGGUUUUAAUGAGGUGUGACACCUUGGGGACAGCGCUGAGAGACUCUGGGCACACCUGGGCACACCUGGGCACACCUGGAGAGAUGGCCGGGACAGCGUGGGACACACCUGGAACAGUCCUGGGACAGCAAAA